UUUUUUUACAUUUUUCAGGGAUUUUAUUUUUGCAACUUCAUUAUGGUUGUGACUUCGUGUAUUUGGAACACUUUUUCCUUCUUUAUAGAAAUGAAACCAAAGUCGGAAUUUGCUUCACUUUUUAUUUCCUGUCCCAAAUAUUCUGAAGAAGUUGAAGCUGAGCCUUAUGGAUUAAUUAAAUUGGAGGAACAAAUGCUUGAAUUGACUAAUAAUUUGCAAAAAGAUUCAAAAGACGAACAACUCCCCCUUUCCACAAAAAGAAUGGGCACCAAAUUUGGCGAUAUUUUAUUAAACCCACCAACAUUAUGUCUAAUUUCUUGGGCUGAUAAUCAACAUGAUUUGUUAAUGUGCAAGGUUAAGGCUGAUGUUGAUUGCGUUAAUUUGUGUCAAAAAUCAGUCAAAAUGUUGGAAGAAGAAUUAUCCCAAAAUUGUAACUUGCGCGAUUAUUUGGACCGAGUUGAGAGAAGUAAAACUUUUAGUGUUGUUUGCAGGCAAUGUGAUUGCAUAUUACACACUCAUUCAAAAAACGAUUAUGAAUUUGGAAUUUUGCCUUGUGAUGACUGGUUAGAUUUAUCACCACAAAUGGAUUAUUUUUGUGCUUUUUCUGGUAAUGAAUGUUGUACUAAACAUUUUGAGAACAACAAAACAAAUACUAAAGAAGGACUUUUAAGAUUUUCUGGAAAUUUUGGUUCUGAAUUGACAAGACAUUUGCCUACUGAAAGUAGAAUAGUUUUGAGUAAUAUGUUUAUAUUUUUUCAAAAGAAUACAUUGGACAAAACAACAAAAGAACAUGAAUUAGAUGAUUCUCGUGAAAAAAUUAUUUUGUGUAAAAAUUGUAAUGUACAGCUUGGGACUUCACUAAAAAAUCAAUCUGACAUCCUCAGACUUCAUUUAUCCACCUUACAUGUAUAUGGAGAUAAUAAAUUGAAGACUAGUUAUAUUCCUACUCGAUUUUAUUCAAGUGAAUGUUUUUUAGCCUGGAUGAUUUUAAAUAAGUGUGAAAUAUAUUCUUCGAUGAAAUUGUUGUUUCGAUCAUUGGAUAAAAUGCCUCAAAUUUUGAUUUGGUUAAUUGAACCCUAUGUUGUACUUACUAGAGGUGUUUUGAAGGAACUCCCAGAAGAUGCCGAAAAUUCUUCCUCUAAUUCAUUUCCAACUUCAAUUUCUUUCCCAGCACUUAAAGUUAUCUAUAAACUUUUUGAUAGUGAUUCGUGUCAUCAAGAUCCUAGAGCAAAUGGAAGUGAUUCAAGUGUUGGCAUUUUGGAUGUUCCGCUUGGUUGUUGUAUUCAAUUAGCUGAACUUUUGCUGAACAGUUCUUUGUCGUUGCCAAUUCCUUUGAGAGCAUUAGGACAAUUUUAUGUUGGAUUCAUUCGCUUGAAGGAUCGCAUUGAUUGA